AAUCACAAUAAACUUCUAAGAGUGGUGUAAUUUUUGCUCAAAAUGUACUUCGAUAACACCUGUUCGAUACGAAAUUGUUUUGGCUGUCAAAAGGUGUAUCUUUGACUGCCAGUGUGUGGGGUGGGAACUUGUCAAGUGAGGGAACUAGCACCCAGCCAUGACUGACUCAAAGUAUUUUACCACAACAAAAAAGGGUGAAAUAUUUGAACUGAAAUCUGAACUUAACAAUGAUAAGAAAGAGAAGAAGCGGGAAGCUGUUAAAAAAGUUAUUGCUUCAAUGACAGUAGGAAAAGAUGUUUCUGCUUUAUUUCCUGAUGUCGUUAAUUGUAUGCAGACUGACAAUCUCGAACUGAAGAAACUAGUGUAUUUAUAUUUGAUGAACUACGCGAAGAGUCAGCCUGACAUGGCAAUAAUGGCAGUAAACACUUUUGUAAAGGAUUGUGAAGAUCCAAAUCCUUUAAUCCGUGCCCUGGCUGUUCGAACAAUGGGCUGCAUUAGAGUUGACAAAAUAACUGAAUAUCUUUGUGAGCCUUUGCGUAAGUGCCUCAAAGAUGAAGAUCCAUAUGUUAGAAAAACUGCUGCUGUGUGUGUUGCCAAACUGUAUGAUAUCAAUGCCCAGUUGGUUGAAGACCAGGGAUUUCUUGAUCAGCUGAAAGAUCUUCUUUCUGACUCCAAUCCUAUGGUGGUUGCUAAUGCUGUGGCUGCUCUCUCUGAAAUAAAUGAAGCAAGUGCAAGUGGCUCUCCACUUAUUGAAAUGAAUGCACAGACCAUAAACAAACUAUUAACAGCUCUUAAUGAAUGUACAGAGUGGGGCCAAGUCUUCAUUCUAGAUUCUCUUGCAAAUUACAGUCCAAAGGAUGAUAGGGAAGCCCAAAGCAUCUGUGAGCGGAUCACUCCUCGUUUGGCCCAUGCAAAUGCCGCAGUUGUCUUGUCUGCAGUGAAGGUUUUAAUGAAAUUUAUGGAGAUGCUUCCAUCAGAUUCUGAUUUUGUGUCAACACUCACAAAGAAGCUAGCUCCUCCACUGGUGACACUACUUUCUUCGGAACCAGAGGUCCAGUAUGUUGCACUUAGAAAUAUCAACCUCAUUGUACAGAAACGUCCUGAUAUAUUAAAACAUGAAAUGAAAGUGUUCUUUGUGAAGUACAAUGACCCAAUAUAUGUUAAGCUGGAGAAGCUGGACAUCAUGAUAAGACUUGCGUCACAGGCAAAUAUUGCUCAAGUGUUGUCAGAACUCAAGGAGUAUGCAACUGAAGUAGAUGUGGAUUUUGUUCGUAAGGCUGUCAGGGCAAUAGGGCGAUGUGCUAUAAAAGUUGAACAGUCUGCUGAAAGAUGCGUUUCUACACUGCUUGAUUUGAUUCAAACAAAGGUCAACUAUGUUGUACAAGAAGCAAUUGUAGUAAUAAAGGACAUUUUCCGCAAGUAUCCCAAUAAAUAUGAAAGUAUUAUUUCAACUUUGUGUGAAAACUUGGACACACUGGAUGAACCAGAGGCUAGAGCGUCCAUGAUAUGGAUUAUUGGAGAGUAUGCAGAACGUAUCGACAAUGCAGAUGAACUCUUGGAAAGCUUUCUGGAAGGAUUCCAUGAUGAGAAUACUCAGGUCCAACUGCAGUUACUUACAGCUAUUGUGAAACUGUUCUUAAAGCGGCCUACUGACACACAAGAAUUAGUGCAACAGGUUUUGAGUCUAGCUACACAAGACUCUGACAAUCCAGAUCUGCGUGACAGAGGUUUCAUUUAUUGGCGUUUGCUUUCAACUGAUCCUGCAGCAGCCAAAGAAGUUGUCCUCGCAGAAAAGCCACUUAUAUCAGAAGAAACAGAUCUGUUGGAACCAACAUUGCUGGAUGAAUUAAUCUGUCAUAUUUCUAGCCUGGCAUCUGUCUAUCACAAACCACCCAAUGCUUUUGUUGAAGGAAGAGGAGCAGGUGUGCGCAAGAUGUUGCCUGCGAGAGCUGGUUCGAAUGAGAAUGUCCUGGAAGUGGCAGCUACGGAGCAGCCUGCUGUCAUUCCAUCUCAGGAUUCACUGAUUGGAGACUUGCUCAGUAUGGACAUCAGUGCUCCAACAAUACCAGCACAGACAACUACAAAUGUGUUUACAGCACCACCAUCAGUUGAUUUGCUGGGUGGUGGACUGGACAGUUUGUUGGGUGGUGAUGUUACCAAUAAUGCCGCUCCUGCGGCUGCCACUGCUGCUGCAACUGCUGCUCCAGUUUCUCAAUCAACAACUGGUCUCCUUGGUGACAUAUUUGGUUUUGCCUCUGCACCAGUUAUGUAUUCACCUCCCAAAGCUAACUGGCUACCAGCAGAAAAGGGCAAGGGACUUGACAUUUGGGGAACAUUUUCACGCAGAAAUGGGCAGAUUCAGAUGGAUUUUACGUUUACGAACAGAGCCAUGCAACCAAUGGCCGGUUUUGCAAUUCAACUUAAUAAAAACAGCUUUGGGUUAACACCAAGUGCACAGUUGCAGGUGAUGACUCCAUUGCCACCUGGGAUGUCCCAUGAAAGUUCCCUUCCAUUAGCUACCACAGGAGCUGUACAGCGUAUGGAACCACUAAAUAAUCUACAGGUUGCUAUAAAGAACAACAUAGACGUUUUCUAUUUUGCCUGCUUGGUACCAAUGAAUGUUUUCUUCACUGAAGAUGGGCAGAUGGACAAGCGUGUGUUCCUUGCAACAUGGAAAGACAUUCCAGCUCAGAAUGAAGUUCAGUAUAAUUUGACAAAUGUGCAGUGCAAUGCUGAUGCAGUGGUGCAAAAAAUGCAACAAAACAAUGUUUUCACAAUAGCAAAGCGUAAUGUUGAAGGUCAAGACAUGCUGUACCAAUCUCUCAAGCUGACAAAUGGAAUAUGGGUUCUUAAUGAGCUUAAGAUUCAACCAGGAAAUCCUAACAUCACUUUGUCACUGAAGUCUAGAGCUCUUGACGUCGCACCUGGUGUUUUCCAAGCAUAUGAUGCUAUUCUCCACAGUUAACGUUCCAUUUGAUUGAUGUUUCAGUAUAGAUAUGAAAUAUAUCCUACAUUCAACAGUUAUAAUUUAUAGUACUCUAUUACAUGUGUAGUAAAUACUGUUACAUAGUUAAAAGUAUAUUCGUUUAAAUGAACUGUGUAAAUGAAGAGAGAUGGUGGAUAUGAGGAAAUUCAUAUAAAAUAUGAAUUUUGAAUAUGAUUUGUCUCAAACUGUCAAAAUACGAACCUGUCAUGUGUUAAACUAGAUUUGUAAUUGUUUCUGCUACUGGAUAGAAUCUCCUUUUGGACAACUCAAGCAUAAAUAAUUCAAGGGAAAUGCACCGAAGGAAAAAAUGUUCCCUGUUACAGUGUCUAUCUUAAAAACCAAAGAGACUUUGUUUUGGAGCACUAUGGCUUGUUAAAUGAAUAAAUUUUUAGGUAAAACUGAAA